AUGGUCUCCGCAACAACUGAGUUGCAUCCACUGGAUCCGCUCACUUCGAGUGAGAUCGAGACUGCGAUCAACAUUGUGAAGAAGGCCCACGGCGAUGUCUUCUAUAAUGUGGUAUCUCUCCACGAGCCGCGCAAGGCGGAGAUGUCGAAGUGGCUAGAAGACACAGCGGCGCCAAAGCCCACACGAAUCGCAGACGUGGUUGUCAUCGCCAAAGGGGGCAAGGUCUACGAUGGUUUAGUUGACUUGAAGGACGGAAAGAUUACAAAAUGGGAGCUUCUUGAUGGCCUCCAGCCUAUCAUCACAAUGGAGGAACUGGUGGCUGUAGAGCACGUGUGUCGCAAAGACCCCAAAGUCAUUGAGCAGUGCGAAAUCAGUGGAAUUCCUAAGGAGGACAUGCACAAGGUCUACUGUGAUCCCUGGACUAUCGGUUUCGAUGAGCGUCAUGGAAACAAGGUCCGCCUGCAACAGGCGCUGAUGUAUUACCGCCCCAAUGUGGAUGACUGCCAGUACCAGUAUCCCUUGGACUUCUGCCCUAUCUACGACGCAGACAAGGAGGAAAUCGUCGCCAUUGAUAUUCCGAAAGUACGCAGACCGCUCAGUAAAGCACCAGCUAUCAACUAUCACCCAGCAGCAGUUGAGAAAGCUGGCGGCUACAGGCAGGACCUGAAGCCCAUCAACAUCACACAACCCGAAGGCGUAUCAUUCAAAAUGACUGGACGGGAGAUUGAGUGGCAGAGUUGGAAGUUUCACAUUGGUUUCAACUACAGGGAAGGUAUUGUACUCAACAACAUCUCAUAUAACGAGAACGGUACCGUUCGGCCUAUCUUCUACCGCUUGUCGCUUGCCGAGAUGGUAGUUCCUUAUGGAAACCCAGAACACCCUCACCAGCGUAAGCAUGCAUUCGACUUGGGCGAAUACGGUGCUGGAUACAUGACCAACAGUUUGUCGCUUGGCUGCGACUGCAAGGGAUCAAUCCACUAUCUCGACGCAGAGUUCCCAUCCAGAAACGGGGGAAUUAGGACCAUCAAGAAUGCAAUCUGCAUCCACGAAGAAGACGCCGGCAUCUUGUUCAAGCACACGGAUUUCCGCGACGAGUCGAGCAUUGUCACUCGCGCGCGAAAGCUCAUCAUCCAGCAGGUUUUCACUGCCGCCAACUACGAAUACGCCAUCCAGUGGAUUUUCCACCAAGAUGGAACUAUCCAGCCAGAGAUCAAGCUUACCGGCAUCCUAAACACGUACAGCAUGAAUCCCGGCGAGGACACCCAUGGCUGGGGCACACAAGUUUACCCCGGGGUCAACGCCCACAACCACCAGCACCUGUUCUGUCUCCGUGUAGAUCCCAAUGUGGAUGGACCUAAUAACACCGUGUUUGUCUCGGAUGCAGUUCCCUCCGAUGCACCUGUUGGCAGCCCAGAGAACUUCUACGGUAAUGCCUUCUACGCAAAGCGAACCAAGCUGUCGACAACGGGCGAGUCCAAGACGGACUACGAAGGCAAGACGGUCAGGACCUGGGAGAUCUGCAACACCAACAAGCCACACCCUGUGAGCGGAAAGGCGGCAUCGUACAAGCUAAUCAGCCGUGAGGUGCCGCCGCUACUGCCAAAAGAGGGUUCAUUGGUGUGGAAGCGGGCUGGCUUUGCAAGACACGCAGUGCAGGUCACCAAGUACAGCGAUGACCAACUUUGGCCUGCAGGUCGCCACGUCCCCCAGACCUCCGGAGAGCCCUCCCUUGGUCUUCCAGAAUGGAUUGGCGACGGCACCGAGUCCAUCGACAACACGGACAUUGUUCUGUGGCACACGUUUGGCGUUGUUCACAUCCCGUCGCCCGAGGACUUCCCGGUGAUGCCUGUGGAACCCAUCACGCUACUGCUGAAGCCGCGCAACUUCUUCAGCAACAACCCCGUCAUGAACGUCCCGCCCAGCUACGCCAGCACACCUAGCCAGGUGGCGGCUGGCAAUGCCGGAGUAUACGAUGCGACGGACAAGAUUAGCAAGCUGGCUUUUACUAACGGCACCAACGGCACCAACGGCAGCUGCUGUGCCAGCAAUGGGGCCAAUGGCCAUUAA